CGGAUCGCAGAAUAUGUGGAGACUAAAAUUAUUCCAGAACAAGCAGGAUUCAGACCCGGAAAGUGCUGCUGCAGUCAAAUUCUUAAUCUCACCCAACAUAUUGAAGAUGGUUUUGAACGGAAGGAAAUAACAGGAGUAGCGUUCAUAGACCUAACUGCCGCCUAUGAUACAGUUAACCAUCAACGGCUACUCGCAAAACUCUACGAAACUACAAAGGACUUCCGACUAACAAGGUUAGUGAAAUGUCUCCUCCAGAAUAGACGCUUCUACGUAACGCUCCAGUCCAAGAACAGUCGGUGGAGGGACCAAAAAAAUGGGCUACCACAGGGAAGUGUCCUCGCGCCGUUUCUAUACAACAUAUACACCAACGACCAACCCAUACACCAACAAACAAGGCAAUUUAUUUACGCUGAUGAUACAGCGGUGGCAGCUCAGGGAAGAAUCUUCAAUGAAGUCGAAGUGAAGCUGACAGAUGCCCUGGGAGACUUAGCUCUAUACUAUGAUAAAAACCAUCUGAAACCCAAUCCCACAAAAACCCAGGUAUGUGCUUUCCACCUGAGAAACAAGCAUGCCCGAAGGUCGCUGGAGGUGGAAUGGCGUGGUCAGAUGCUGGAACACAACAAGACGCCAAAAUACCUUGGCGUCCGUCUGGAUAGAACUCUGUCUUACCGAUACCACUGUCAAGAUGUUAAGAAGAAAGUAAGUGCCAGAAAUAAUAUCAUCCGCAAGCUAACUAAUACAAAAUGGGGAGCACAACCACACACUCUCCGCACUUCUGCCUUGGCAUUAUGUUUUUCGGCCGCGGAGUUUGGAGCACCAGUAUGGGCAAACUCUGCUCACGCAAAGAACGUCGACGUGGCUCUAAAUGAAACGGUCCGUAUAAUAUCGGGUUGCCUGAAACCGACACCUAUCGAAGAGGUAUACCCCAUUGCUGGAAUUGCUCCACCACCAAUCAGGAGAAAGGUCACGUCAGAGGUAGAACGGAAAAAGCAGGAGACGGACCGAAGACACCCCUUAUAUGACCACCAAACUCAGCCAAGCAGACUAAGAUCUCGGAAAAGCUUCCUGAAAACAUCAAGAUCCAUCCCCGAAGCGCCAGAGACGCGCCGAAUACACCUAUGGCAAGCGUCAACUACUGCGACACAUUUUCCUCCCUCGGAGGAAAUGGCUGCUGGACACAAUUUACCGUAUCCGACUUGGAAAGCGCUAAACAGACUAAGAACCGGCGUUUCACGUUGUGCUAGUAACCUGAAAAAAUGGGGAUACCAGGAGGACGAUACCUGCGACUGUGGCGCGGUUCAGACCAGCCGGCAUCUACUAUCAUGCACAGAGAUGAGAGAGACCUGCACAGAACAAGACUUAAUUAUAGCAAAUGACAGGGCCAUCUAUGUGGCCAACCAUUGGAAAUACAGAAUUUAAAGUUGUUGGUGUUCCGGACACGGAAAGUAAGAACCGAAAAAUUCGAGUACAACCUACCACUAUAGCUCGAAGAAAGGAUAGGGGACUAAAAGGUCAGAAUCGCAUACAGUCUGGAAGACC